AUGGAGCAAACAGCGAACAACAACCCUACCAGCGCAUCUGCUCAGAAUGCAUUUUACUCAGCUCUUCUUCGGGCGGAUAUGCCCAACAUUGUUGUCGAGAGAUUCCAGACAGGCCGCUAUGCUUCGAGCGAAGCAUGUGAGAAUACCUACCAAAAAGCGUUAGAAAAGACAGUCAGAGCAGAAAGCAAUGGCGCUAUACCGGGAAUCCAAAGGGGUAAUAUGAGUGGCACAUUAUCAGAGGAGCAAUCAAGAAACAUAGGCGUUUCAACUGUCGCACAAAUGUAUGGGGCAGCUGGCGCAAAGGUUCUGCCAGGCUCCACGGGCCAGAAGCAAAGUCCGAUCCAUGUUGUUAUCGAGGAGUCUAGAGGCGCAUCAGUGUUUCGAUGGGUUAAGUUCUUCGUAACCUACGCUAUCUAUGGUUAUCUUGUUUUCGUCCUGGUCUCGCUUGUAUUGGAGAUGUCUGGAAUGCUGAGAAGACCUGGAGCAAUACCAAAUGCUGAUGCUCAACUACAACAGCAAAAGGUUCGCUUCAGCGAUGUUCAUGGAUGCGAGGAGGCAAAAGAUGAACUUCAAGAGCUGGUAGAGUUCCUUAAAAAUCCCGAGAGAUUCACAAAAUUGGGAGGGAAGCUUCCUAAAGGUGUGCUUCUAGUUGGCCCUCCUGGAACUGGCAAGACAAUGUUAGCUCGAGCCGUUGCCGGGGAGGCUGGUGUACCAUUCUACUACAUGUCAGGAUCAGAGUUCGACGAGAUAUACGUUGGCGUCGGCGCUAAACGAGUUCGUGAGCUUUUUGCUACUGCCCGGGCUAAGGCCCCGGCGAUUGUUUUCAUCGAUGAGCUAGAUGCCAUAGGUGCGAAACGAAAUGAGCGAGAUCCGGUCUACGUCAAGCAAUCCCUGAAUCAGUUGCUCACAGAGCUAGAUGGGUUUUCACAGGAGACUGGGGUCAUAAUUCUUGGUGCCACAAAUUUUCCACAGCUUCUCGACAAAGCACUCACUCGACCUGGGCGCUUCGACCGUAAAGUCCAGGUGUCACUUCCUGAUGUUCGAGGAAGAUUACAAAUUCUCAAGCACUAUCUCAAGAAAAUCAAGGCCGAGAACAAUUUAGAUGAGUCCGUCAUUGCGCGUGGGACAUCUGGAUUUUCAGGGGCAGAGCUUGAAUCGCUUGUAAAUCAAGCCGCGGUGCAUGCAAGUCGGAAUGGAGCACCAGCCGUUAGCAUGCCUGACCUAGACUGGGCAAAAGACAAGAUUAUGAUGGGAGCGGAGCGUCGAAGCGCUAUUAUCAAGGACGAGCACAAGCUCUUGACGGCGUAUCAUGAGGCUGGUCACGCUCUGGUGGGUCUCUACACCAAAGGCACCGAUCCAGUUUAUAAAAUCACCAUCAUGCCCCGAGGACAAGCUCUUGGUGUAACUUAUUUUAUGCCGGAAAUGGACAAAGAUUAUGGAAACUAUUCUCGUGCAGAAUUGCUGGCAAAGCUCGAUGUGGCAAUGGGUGGCAAAGCUGCAGAGCAAAUAGUCUACGGUGAAGAUAACGUCACUAUGGGCUGUGGAAUGGACAUCUCCAAUGCAACGACUAUAGCGCACCAGAUGGUCACCCAGGGCGGCAUGUCCACCACACUCGGCAACAUGGAUCUGGCCAACUGGAAAGCUUUGUCUCCCGACACAGCCGCAGCGAUUGAAAAGGAGGUUCGCAGCAUGCUCGAGGACGCCCGGGACCGCGCAGCUAAAAUCUUGGAUGAGAAACGGAAUGAACUGGAUCUUCUUGCGAAGGCGCUCAUUGAAUGCGAAUCGCUCGAUCUAGACGAGAUGAUGAAAGCAAUCAAAGGGGAGAAGAUCGAGAAGAUGAAGAUCAUGAAGGGUGUGGGAAUCAAGUUGCCAGAAAUCGUACUGCCGCCAGGGAUAGGAACUGGGCAGACUGCGGGAGGUGCAGGGUCGGAAGCGAGUAGGCAGGGUAGCAAUGAGCGGACUGGUGAUGGCGAGGGCAGUGAGGCAGAGAUACCCAGAAAGGUGAAUGUGGCGUGA